GGGAUGCUCCUUGGGUUCCCACCAGAAUGGGCUGGAUAAAGCCUCCAGCCUCCUUCCCUUCAGGAGCUCUGAUUGCCUGGGAACAACCAGGCAAAUGCAUCACCUCACUGCUGGUGGUGGCUGACAGGUGAGUGGAGACAGUGUGUUUAACUCCCAAGCUGCUGGCCCUACAUUCAUUCUGGUGGUCAUGGCUGUGUAGUGGGUGUCUCUUUCACCCUGAUGCCUGGACUGUGCCCUUUCUGUGGGCAGGGCUGGAUGGGCAGCCUAGGGGUGCCCGGGAGGCACAAACCACCCCUUGUGAUGACAAAGAACCCUGUAGAGUGGGUCUUGGCUUUUGUGGACUCAUCACAAGCUUCUGAAGAAGGGGACAUAGGGCUUACCCUGGGGUGACUGGCUUUGCCUAUGGGGCAUCCUCAUGAGCAGACGCCUCCCUGAGCUCUGCCUGGUUUGCCCGGGUUAUGCCCCACAGGAUGCCAAGGUGGCUGGGUGCAGAGGUCCCUUCUGCAGGGUGAAGGUCUGAUGUCCUCUUGGCUCUGUGCAUGACCCAGCUGGAUGCAGCUUCCAUCACCUUGAGCUCUGUGUCAGAUCCAGGUAGAGCCAAAGGGGGGAUAAAUGCUUCCUCACAAGUCAUGAAGCCAGAGUGCUGCCUGAGUGCUUGAAGCCUCAGCAGAGGUAAGGGCUGCUCCAGCCAUGAGGGCUGGUGGGUGGGGGCAGUCUUUUGGGGAUGGAGAUGAGGGUAAAGGGGGGGCUUCCAGCAGAGCCAGGCCGUGGAUGCCAUGCCAGUCCCUCCAACACGGCAGGAAGUGACAAUGUCUGGGUUUGGCUGGCCAUUCUCCUUUGUGUAAAGAGGUAAUUAGUCUAAUAGGGCCCAGACAAACAAGGCCCCUGUGCCUUCCCCAAGAACCAUCAUUGUCUACAGCCAGCCAGGGCCAUCCUGCCCACCCUCUGCUCCCUCCUCAACACUGACCUUCCACCCCUUUGUGCUGCUUAGACGACAGAUUCCUUAGGAAAUUACAGGCUCAUUAGCACCAGGCUACGCAGGGAGUCGGACACCGCUGCAUAAUGAGCCACCACAAAUGAGGGGAAAGGCCAGACCGGUCUCCAGGCUACCAGGAACAAUGGGAGCGGGUCUCCCGGAGACCAGCCCUUUCUGCAGCCCCGGCCCCUCCAUAUCCAAGAGGUAUUUUUGGCAGUGCCAUUGUGCCUGGGCUGGAAAGGGCUGUGAAUGGGCCUCCAGGGAAUGCGGCCCUAUAAAAGGCCAGGCUGCUGGGAGAGCAACUCAGGGUGUUUCUGCACCUUGCCUCCCACGGCGGGUCAUGCCACAUCUCCGCUCGACCACCUGAAGACACCUUGGAACAAUGGAGGCGCCAAAUGCCAAGCUCCAGAAAGCUGCCUGCCUCCUGCUCCUCUUCUUGCUCUGCUCCCUGGCUGUGGCUCGGCAGGGUGUUCCUGAUUGCUGUCGCCAGAAGACCUGCUCGUGCCGCAUCUAUGACCUACUGCAUGGCAUGGGCAACCAUGCUGCAGGCAUCCUCACCCUGGGCAAGAGAAAGAGUGGCUCGCAGCCCUUCCAGAGCCGGCUCUACCGCCUGCUUCAGGGCUCGGGCAACCACGCAGCCGGCAUCCUCACGAUGGGCAGGCGGGCAGAGCUGGCACUGGAUCACCCAGUCUUAGCCUGCCGCAAUGCAUCAGGCUGCCCCUCAGGCACAGAUACCCAGCCGACACCAGCCCGGGGAGCUUCUGACGCUGACCCCAGCGGCACCAGGGAGUGCAUGGGACAGAUGGGAAAGGACUCUACCAAGAGCCAAGACCUGGUGGCAGCAAAGAGCUUCUACUGAGGUGGCUGGGGGAGCUGGCUCCCUGCAGGGGUGGGAGGGGGACAGGAUCCCUGAGUGGGGGGGAAACUCCCAGGACUCAACCUCUGGAGCCAUGUGUAAAUAAAAACUUUUAAACACCCUCUGCAUGGCCCCAAGCUGCACCCUGCCUGGGGCACCAUGGGCACUGCCAGCCUUUUGCAAAUAAACUAC